UAAAAAAAAAAUCGAAAAUGUUAUUAUUGUAACAGUAUAUAAACCCUUUUAGUCUCUAUUGUUUCAUUAUUCAGUCGUAAAUAAAAAAAAACGAUUUAUUUUUAAUUUUAUUUUUAUUCUCUCUCUCAAAGUUUCUUGGGAGAGCAACAAUGGCGAUGAGGAAGCUUUUAUCGAAGAAACUCUUCAAUAUCACGAAUGUUGCAUCACAAAGUCUUAUGAAUUGUCGUAUAUCAUCGUCUUCAUUAGCCGUACGAACCAGAGUUCCAACGGAUUCAACAGAUACGACCAAAAUCUCACCGGAGCCUGGAGAUUCAACGAUUUCGCGGCGGUUUAUGCACAAUAGCGCUAUGAUUAGGCCAGAGAUUAUGCAGAUGCCGGUUGGAGAGAGUUUGAUUGAGAAACUCCGUGAGAUUGAUGGAAGCAAGGACCGGAUUCGAUUAGACGGACUUACUCCGCCGGAGAGGGAGUCGAGUUUGACGGUGGCGGAUACGAAGAAGCUUCUUAGAGCGGCACAGAUCGAGAUUGUGAAAUCGAAGCUUAGAGAAACCGGAAGAAGCUGGAUGUCGUAUUCGGAAUUCGUUAGCGUUUGUGGUGAAGCUUCUUCAGAUCCAGAUCUCGGAUCUAGAAUCGCGAAGAUGCUUGAUGAUUCAGCAAACGUCAUCGUUUUGGGAGAUUCCGUUUGUAUUAGACCUGAUCAGGUUACAAAAUCCAUUGAAGGGUUGCUUCCUUUGCCAAAGAUUCAUAACCCAAAUGACCCACGGAGAAUCGAGUUGAAAGAGCUUGAAGCUGAAAAGGCAGUGAUCGAUGUGAAAGCGCACUCUUUGGUGCGGAAAGAACUUUGGGCUGGGCUUGGUUACUUGAUCCUACAGACCGCGGGGUUCAUGAGGCUAACGUUUUGGGAACUCUCGUGGGAUGUGAUGGAACCGAUCUGUUUCUAUGUCACGUCCGUAUACUUUAUGGCUGGUUACGCGUUUUUCCUCAGGACAUCGAAAGAGCCUUCUUUUGAAGGGUUUUACCAAAGCAGGUUCGAGGCGAAACAGAGAAAGUUGAUGAAUGAUUAUGAGUUUGAUCUCGAGAGGUAUGAUGAACUGAAGAAGCUGUUUUGCUCUAAGCCUUCAGCUCAUGUUUCCAAGAUUCUUGGAGCUAUCAAGAAUUAAAUUUUGAUUAGGAAAAAAAUUGCUUAGAUUCAAUGUUGUUGUCACAAAUGGUGUCUGAUUUUUCCUAACUAGAGAAUUCUACCCCACAAAAAAAUUUAAAAAAAAAAAUGGGUAGUAUUCUCAAAUUUUUCAGUUUUCUUAAAAAAACAAAGAGUUUAUUCUUAUUAUUGCGGCUUCUGUAACAUCAGGGAAGAGUUAUGUUUUUGUUUUCAGAUUCCUUUUUCUUUUUAAUGUAUGACCGAUCUAAAAUUUAACAUUGUGUAAAUAAAUGUUUGAAAUGUAAUAUAAUAUAGAAUUAAUUAUUAAUUA